GCCUCUGGUACGCUUGCGCAGCUAGAAAAGAUCCGGGCGUCUUAGCAAUGGAGCCUGUCCAAGGGGAAGAAUAAUGCUUUCCCCAGACUUAGCGUUCCCAAACGCAUUUUGGGCAUUGUUAUACCUCCAAACGGCCCCGGCAGCACGGACAGGAAUGCACCAGAGACACAGUCGUGGGCUCACAUCGGCCGAAUUCUCGCAUUGCCUUUUGCCUCAAUCCGACUCAUCUGAGUCAACAUACUGCAGUCUUUUCCUCUUUCGGCCCAGACCCUCAAAGGGGCGCGGAUAGUUGUAUACGCAAACGAAAUAAACCUAUGGCUUAGUAUUGCAAGCCUCUUCACAAAGGCGCGAUUGGAAAGUGGGCUGUA